AUGAACUCCAAGGUCAUCAUCGCUUUAUUCUGCCUCGUCGCUGUUACCCUCGCUGCUUCUGCUACUCCUGGUGCCAACGCAAUUACCUGUACUGCUUGCACUGAUGCUGUUUGCGGUAAAUCUGGUACCACCCAAGAUAACUGGUAAGCUGGUACUGCUACUGGUACAUGCGUUGUUAAGGAUUGUAAUUUAUUGACUGGUAACGGUGCUGUUGUUUCUAACAAUGCUUGCGCUUCCUGUUCCACUACUACCCCUGUUGCUAACUCUGGUGCCACCGCUUGUGUUGCUAAGAGCAGUGCUAAGCUCCUCAUUGCCUCCGCUGCAGUCAUCGUUGCUUUAUUAUUCUGA